AUGUAUUUACAAAUAAUUGUGAUUGAAACAAAGUCGCCAAUUUUAAUAGACUUACUAACAGAAUUUACAAGAGAAGAAUUGAAUGUUGAGGAAGAAUCAGCAGAGCCUAAAAAUUGUACAUGUACUUAUCAUGCUGAUUAUGACAAGCCGCAAAAUUUGAAUCUACCUGCUGUUGUCAGUCCAAAUUUUAAAUGGGAAAAGCAAUUAAAGUUUCUUCAAGUGAUAACAUGGCUCAAAUCAUGCAUCAAAAGAGAGUCUAAUGUAUCAGCUGAUGAAGUGCGGAGCCUAGUCAAACAAUUCUCGACAACCGGUGAGCCGAAUUUAGAGAAAAAAAAUGAACCGAUUAUUUUAAAGAUAAAGAAGCGAAGUUUAGAAAAAGAAGAAGAAGAUGAUUGUGAAGAACUGAAGGACAUAACAAACAGCACGACGAUUAGCAAUCAUAAAAAGUCUAAGAAGAAGCGAGUGAAGAAGGUUAAAAAAUCAGUUUUACCAGAAGAAGAUUUAGAGGCGAGUCAAUGUAGCCCUUUAGUGAGUUUCGGUGAAGAUUCCAUUCCGAAAUCAUUUAUGCUUAGUCCGAUAAAUAGCGUUGCUGAUAGUGGAAUUGACAUUGAGACCUUUAUUAGUAGUUACCUUCUAUGUCAGUUCUCAAAUGAAGAAGCAAAUUCUCAGAAUUCGCACCAACAAACAGAUUACAUUAGUUUUUUUAAGCAACCUGAUGGUAAAAAGAUAUUAGAAAGCCCAAAGCAAGAUUAUACGAUUUCAUCAGAUCAAUUGAUGCUGAUUCAUGAACAAUGUCAGCUGGAUGAUUUCGCUCUGACUGUUGUACGUGAUUUUCUUAAUGAAUUCAAUUCAGAAAAAGUUUUUGAAAAUAUUUUUAAAAAUAAAGCACUUAUUGUAGAAUCCUUUCAAACAAUUGGAGAUUUUGUAAAUCAUUUAGAAAGAAGGGAAAAAAAUAAUAUCACCAUCACUCAUUUUUUUAUUAAAAUAAUUAUGUCGACUAUCAAAAAAGCCUUUGAUGCUUCAGUACACAAUAAUCUUACGAACUUCAAGGCUCAACUUUAUGUGUCAAUGGUCCUAGAGCUUAACAAAUCUUUGAAAACGAUCAAAGAAACACUAGAUUUUCUGAUUACGCAAUUAUUUGACUCGUUAGUAGACGCUUCUCAAUGUGUUGAUAUUCGUUUAAAAAGAUCAAUAGAGAGACAUGAGUAUAUAAUUCUUUAUGGAUUAGAGAUUACGAUAAAAAAAUUCUGUGAAAUGAUAAGCUGCGAAAUGGUGAAAACGAAACUUCAAGAUUCAUCAACAAAAAUAACAGCUUUCUGGCGAAGACAACUAAUUGCUCACUUUGAUCCUACGUUCAACGAGCCGCGAGUUAUUCCUGAAGAUGACUUGAAAGAAUUUUUGAUUAUUAGCUUAAAGAAAUUAUUGGGAACUUAUAAAUCAAUGAAUCCUUUGAAAGCAGAGUGGGUUCUUAAAUUAAUUUGUUUAUUGUCUAAUUUUAGAAGUUUUAAUAAAUAUUAA